ACAAGCACAAACAAACAAGCAUGGCGUCGUCGAAAACAUUCGAAGAUUUAGAUCUGUCUCGAGAAGAAAUUAAGAGAAUAGAAACAGCUUUGAAAGAUGAAAAAUUCCGGAAAAUGUUCAUUGAAUAUGCGGAAGAGAUUUCCAACCCGGAAAACCGCAGAAUAUAUGAGGAAGAGAUCGCAAUGUUGGAAAAUGAGCGUGGAAUGGACGUUCAGUUUGUUAACCCUGAACCGGGUCAUGUCUUGAAAACUACGGUAAGCGGUGGAAAGAAAGCUUUUAUCAAUAUUUGCACUAGUGACAAGAUUGGUAAACCUACCUCAAAAAAACAGAAGAAUGAGGAAGGCAAACGGGGCUUGCACUGGCAAAUCCCGCAUUCGUUCGCACCACCAAGGGAAGAUUUUGACAAGGCCAAACAAACAUGCAUGGUUUAUGAUGUUGUUUUUCACCCAGACACAUACCGUAUGACGUCUAACUUGAACUUUUUAAAACUUGUAGAGGAUACAGCAAUAGAGGGUAUAGAACGUCAGUUUGAUGUGAAGCUUGACCGCAACAACAUUCGACGUCCAAAAAUAAAAUGCAAGGGGAAACCAGUUGCAACAGUGAUCCGGAAUAGAAAGGAAGAUGCAGUGAAAACAAAAAGUAAGAAAGAUGAGACCAAUCCAUUUUCAUCCAUGCCCUACCCAUAUUCUGACAAGACAAGUUCAGAAUUAGCUGAAGAGAAAAACAAACAAGCUGAACAGCGUGCUACGAAAAAGGCAUCAAAAGAAAGCAAAACAAAGUCCAACAACUUAAUAAAAGAAGAAAAUGGUUAUACAACACCAAAUUAUACAAUAACACAUCGUUCAAACAUGGAUUUACAGGAGUUUAGGAAUGCUCCAGAUGCAAGACCAACUACAAGACCAAAAGAGCUUGUCAUUAACAUAGAGUUGCCUAUGUGUAAGUCUGCAGCAGGUGUUGACUUGGACAUCUUUGAAGAUAAACUUUCACUGAAAAGCGAGAAUCCAGCUUACAAGCUUGAUUUCAAACUGCCUUAUCCAGUUGAUGAUGAAAAUGGUUCAGCAAGAUUUGAUAAAAGCAAGAAGUCGUUGGUUGUGACUCUGCCAGUAUUACCAGGGGAAAUUCCCCAGCUUCCGUCCUUUCUUGAUAAUGUUGAAGAACCUAAUAUCCCAUCACUUAUUGAAGAGUUGCCACCUCUGGAAGAAGUUAAUAAUUUUGACAAGCAAGUGCCAGGUGAUCUACCACCUCUGGAAGAAAUUAAUACCACAGCACCAGAAGAAUCAGAAAACAUUUCAGCACUUUCACCUACAGAAUCAGUGAACAAGACCAGUGUAUUGUAUAGUUUACCAGAAUAUGACUUUAAUCAAGACCAAGAGACUGUCACAUUUGUAUUUCAUGUAAGAAAUGUCAACGAUGAUUCUGUAUGCAAGUCAUUCCCACACCCAGGCAGCUGUGAAAUCAAGUUUGUGUCUGUUGGUUCUGGUGGAUUCCCUAUGCAUUACAGGUUCUAUGGUUGUUUUGGUGAGGUCUGUAAGCUUGUACCAGAGCACUGCACUGUAGAUAUUUCAGACAGAAAUAUGACCUUCACAUUGUUGAAACAGAGGGAUUGCAGAACACUGUGGAACAAGUUUUUUGCAGGUGUAGAUGAAGACAACUUAGAGGAGAAACUGUUUGUGACAUCUGAUAAUCUACAGGAGGAACUUGACAAGCUACAACUGGAAGGAGAAAAGAUGGGACGGACAGACGAACACGCUCCUGAGGCACACUCUGCUAACAUCAAGGUCGUCGAGAUGAAUGAGAAAAAACUGACGCUGAAUAUUAGAAAGCCAAGCACAAGUUUCAGUGAGGAGGAGGAGAAUGGUUAUGAUGGGGAAGAAUCUCCGUUAUCUGCCAGCAUUGAGGUCGUACAUUCCCAGAAACUUCCAAACCUACACGGUAUCCUGAAACAACGAUCAGUAUCAGAGUCCAGUGAGGACCACCUCAGCUUGUCCAGUGGUGACAGUCCUACAAGUUGCAGUCCUAGAGACAGUGAUGGCAGUACAGGGAGGCGUUCUGUCUCAUUUAACAGUCACAUAGACAAGACCACAUACAAGACGAAUGCCACAGUGACAAGUAUGAAACAAGCAUUGAAAAGUAAGAGGAAGAGAAACAGGAAGAGGGAAGAAAAGAAGAAGGAAAAAGAUGGCAGAAGGAGGCAUAACAGCAAUGGUUCCGAGUGUAGUAGUUGUGAUGAGCAUGACUCGAGACACAGUUCUGAGUCACACAGUGAAGAUGACCCUGAAGCAGAGGACCUUGCACAGCAGUUAGAGGAAACUGGAAAGAAGGUUGAAGAUUGUGGUGUGAUUGUAGAGGACCAAGAAGAAUUUGAUGAUAAAGUUGAAAAAGAAACAGAGGAAAAUAAGCCUGAUGAAAGUGAUAACAGUAAGAAACCUGGAUAUCAGAUACAUUCUGAAGCAGAUAAAAAGUCUAGUAAAUUAGCAGCUGAGGUGAAAAGUAAAAUGGAAGAGAUGAAAGAUGAUUCCAGAGAAAAUGACAGUGAUGAUGAUAUUGGUGAUGAAAAUGUUGAGAGAACUAGUGUGAAUGGCCAGAAGAAAAAUGUGAUAACAAGAGAUGAAAAUCAGCAGAAAAAUGUGAAUUUGACUAGUGGUAAAAGUGAAAGUCAGGAAAGUAAAGUAAGUGAUCUCAGUGUGGCAGAAAAUGGCAAAAAUCCAUCUGUGGCAGCUAAUCAAGACUCAGGGGAGGUAAAUCUUAAUGGUGAUAUGGAUAGUGCAAUCAAGGGAAACAAUCCAGGGAAAGGCAGUCAGAAGGGUGUUAAGUUUAAGGAUGAUGUUAAGGAGAAGCUUGAGGGGAAAGGAGAUGGAGCUGAGAAGGUUGAAGAAGAGAGCAUUGUGGAAACAGAGCUGACCUGGCAUGACACAAAGAGGUUGGAUCCCUUCAAUGAGCACAGAACACAGUGUGCCUUCAACUUCUCCAACAAUGUCAUGUUUGACCUGGAUAUUGAUUAAUGUUCCAGUUACUUUGUCCCAUUCUUUAGUCUGUACACUUUGGUUAAAGGAAAUAUUGGUUCAUUUUUAAUUUUUUUUUUUAUGAAGUCAUGUUUUUUUUUGUUUUUUUUUUAAUAGUAUAACGUCUGAUAAAUGGCACAAAAUAAUGUAGAGACACUAAGGGAUAAAUGAUAUACCAUAUUGACACUAAUUUACAGAAGGUUGUUUGCAAACUGAAAGUUGGUGUUUUUGUGGAGGCUUGAAUUUAAUGUAUCAUCAAAAUAUCUUACCUAAAAGGGUGUUACUGGUGAAUAAUGAUUGGUCUUGCAAGGCUUCUUUUAAAGUAUUUUCAUUUAAACACAUGGAAAUUGAUAAGUUACAUUCCAUUUAAAAAUCUUGCUAAUUUUAGAGAGAAAAUACUAUUAAGAAGCAUAAAUUAGAGGCAAUAUGGUAUAUAGGACUUGGUCCAAAAUCUGUUUUUUUACACAAACUGUGAUAUUAUUCCUGCAAGUUGGUUUUUUUUCAAAACUGAAAGAAAAUGGUUUGUGAUUUUAAAAGAAGUGAUGUGUUUCUAUAAAAAUUCUUUGGCAGAAAUAUAAAGUAUAGAUUUAGUUUAAUACUUUGAAUUGUAAAGUUUUGGGUGAAUUUUUUUGUUUGUUAUUAUUUCAAAAUUAACAUAUAUGUUUGCGAAAAAAUUAAAUUUACAAAAAAAAUUGUAUAUACCAUAUUUUGUACAUUUCUAGAAUGUAUUUUUAGUGUUCAUUUUGUACUGUUAUUGUUCAUCUCAAGGAACAUUUAUACAAGACGUAUAAAUACUGAAUUAAUGAAAUGAAGUGUUCUAGUGAAAGUUUUUUGUGUCUGAAAGACCAAUUUUGAAUACUAUAUCUGUGUAGGUGUUCUCUGCUCUGACAUUGUUAUGUAGAAGUUCUGGACUUGUAGGGUCUGGUUUUAACAUUAAAUUACGAUUUUAGUGGAUUUUUCUCUUUUUAAAUGAUAAUUUCUUGUUCAUUGACGGGAUCCUGUAUAAAGUUUGUUCAAAGUUCAUUUAGGCCAAACUCUUACAAGUUACGAAGUUGUUUCUUGUGCAUAUUGCAUUUUUCCAUCUUGAAGUUUAAGGAGCUUUCUCUCAUCUAUCAAGAGUGAGGUAUCAGCAGCAGCUGAAAAUAAAAAGGAAUAUCUUUAACUUUCUAAUUCUGUAUGAAAUACAGUUUUGUUUGUUUAUAUUGUCAAAAUACUGAAUACACUACACACAAAACAUAGCUGGGCACUGAAAAUAGUAUUUUUUCUAGUCAUAAAAUGACAUGAUUUUGUGAUGCAUCCAUGAUAUUCAUUAUCUCCUCAUUGUGUGCUUCAACUUAUUGUGAUAUUUCUAGUAACGAUUGCCUGUGAUUUUUCUUAGAAAGAAAGAAGUUCUGAAUAUUUGCUUAUUUUAGAAAAGUUUUGAAGUGUGAAAUAUAGUUAUAAUUUGCAUAUACAAAGUUUUAAACUGUCUGAGUUCCAUUCAGUGGUUGAUCAGUUUAGCAUUGCAAGCUGUUGAUGACGUUAGUAGAAUACCAGUUCUCUUUAAUUUGGAGUACAAUAAAAAUAUUUCACUUUUUCUUCGUGUUAUAUGGUUUAUUAAUUUGUAUCUUGAAUUUCAGUGAAAUGGAUCUUGUUGUUUUGUUUUUUCUUUCUCUGAAUCUGUUAAGACUACAAUAUACUUAGUGAAGUAACAGUAUAUUAACUGUUUGACUGAUACUAUUGUGAAAACAUAUGCUGGGUGUUAUGAUAUGUUGCAUGAAGUUGAAAUAUUGUUUUGUACAAUAUCUGUAUGGUGUUUAUGGUGUGAUGCAUUUGUGAAAUAGUAUUAUAAUUGCUGGGGAUAUUGUCUGGUAACUGAAAAUACACAUGUAGUCAAGGUAACAAAACACAACAUUUUAUAUAUAAUUUUUAAAGAUAAGAUACGCUUAAAGCAGCAUGCCUCCAGAUUUGGCUAAAAAAAAAAUCUUUCUUUCAAUUUGAAGUUUUGGUCAUAGUAUGAACAUUAGAAUAUGAAUAUUUGUUUCUAAAAUAUUUUUAAAACUUCAAUCAAGAAAAAAAGAUGACCGCAUCAGGAAUCGAACCCCGGACCGCCACGGCAAUAAAAACAUUUUCCUGUCGUCAAAACCAGUAGCUGAAGUAGUGAAAAAUGACUUCAAAAUAUAUUUGUAGUCGAGACAGUUUACCUGGAGUAACAGCGUGACAAAUGCUUUUGGAUUUUCAUCACAAAAAGUAGUAAAAACAGCAAAUUCUCAUGUGUUUCUGUAACAUAAAGUUUGUUAGUAAUUAAGUUUUAAAGCCUUCUUAAGAAAUAUAGCAUUUAUUUCAAGAUAUCUAAAAAAAAAUAUUAUUUUUUUGUUGUUGAACGAUCUGGAGGCAUGCCGCUUUAAAAAAGAAGUGUAAGAGACAGAUUUUUUAUUCAAAAUAUAUCAGUAAAUGUUAAAAAGUUCUCUUCAUUUUGGUGAAAUGCUUAAGACAUCAUGAAAAAGAAGAAAGAUAACUCCGCAAGCUUUAUAGCUAUAAGUCUCCAAAAGAUUUGCAUAGCUAGCUCCCCUUUUUUAUGAAAAUGUGUAUUUAAAGAUUUAUGAAUUCUUAUAAUCUGCUGUUACUGUUACAUUAGAUAUAACACUGUAACAGUUCAUAAAUGCUAUAUUCAGGUAGAAGAUCUAAAUUCAGGAAAAAGGUCAACUAAACACUUCCACAAUUGUGUGAAAAUAAAGCUGUUUAUUAUAUACCUAUGUAAAUUCUGUAAAAAAAAAUCGGCUUGUAUUUCACAAUGGAAUACGAACAGACAGAAAAAAUUUUUUGUAUUGUACCUUUUAAAUUCCAUAUUGUACCUUCCAUAUUGUAUGCUGCCAGACUACCUUCAUAAAUAUGCAUGACCUGACACAGUUCUAUAAAUAGCGCACAUAAAAACUUGAUUUAGUUCCAUUUGAAUAAUGAUAAACAUCGAAGAUUUCGUUCAAUAACAAAACAACAAACAAAAGGUAGAGAUAUAUAAUAAAAGGGUCAUUAUAACAGUAGCUAGAUCAGGGAUUUUGUAUUCGGCUGUUGUGGAUUUUGCAAGGUCGGAUCACACUUGGCGCUUGCGCACCUUGUGAAAUCCAAUCUGACAAAAGUCCAUGAGCCGAACACAGCAUCCCAGAGCGAGCUACUGUUAUAAUAACCCUAUUAUAUUGCCUCAAAAGUAAAAGCAUUUUGUUGUCAAUAAAGGGAGUUUAAUAUUUUUUCAUUGUGAUUUUUUUAGAGUGGGGGAUAGGGAGAGAGGGAUCCCAACGUAUUUUUGAUAAAAAAACCAACCUAUAUACCUUCCUGUUUGUGUAGAGAAAGAUAUCAUGGCUUGCGGUAGGGUCUGAAAUAACUUACUAUCUUCUGUCAUAUCACUCAGAAGACAAACAUUUUGCAUAUCUUGUUCUUGCAUUUAUUUGUCAAGUCUUUCUUUUCAUACUUUUUGAAUUUUGAAUUAUAGAAAUUUCAGUGAGAAGCCAAAAUGUAUUUUGAGUAUUAUUUGUGUUUUGAAGCUCGAGUACCAGGAAAUGAGUAAUAUUAUUUUUCCCAUGUGCUUUCAGUACUUCUAUCUGUUUGUCCCUUUUAACUAAUGGAAAAAUAUUUUAGGCUGCAUUUUUAGCUUGUCUGAUUUUUGAAAACAAUCUACGAGAUAUUUGUCACUUGAUUGUCAGUGUCAAUGUUGGUUAAAAUUUUUGUUUAGGUCCACCUUUUCUCAAAACCCAUAAGAGCUACAGGUUUGAAACAUUGCACAUUUGUUUGUCAGUAUUAGUUAACUUAGUAGGCCAAGAACCAUAACUCUGAUUGCAUUUUGUCAAAAUUAUGGCCCUUUUUGUACUUAGAAUAUAUGAGUUUCUUGGUUAAAGUUUUUGUUUAGGUCCACCUUUUCUAAAAAACUAUAAGAGCUACAACUUUGAAACUUUGCACACCUGUUUAUCAUCAUUAGAUGAAUAUUUAGGCCAAAAACAUAACUCUUAACUUGCAUUUUGUCAGAAUUAUGGCCCUUUUUGUACAUAGAAAUCUAAACUAUAACAUUUUUUGUCGAGCCCGCUUGCGGAAGCGAAGACAUAGUUGUCCAAAUGGCUGUUGGGUGUAUGUGCGUCCGUCCGGAUUUGUUUGUCCGGACCAUAACUUUGACAUGCUUGGAGCAAUCUUGUUUAUAUUUGGCAUGAAUGUUAACCUCAGUGAGACAGAGUGUCAUGCGCAAACCCCAGGUUCCUAUCUCAAAGGUCAAGGUCACACUUAGAGGUCAAAGGUCAAAUUCAAUAACGACUUUGUCCGGAGCAUUGCUUCUUCAUGCAUGGAGGGAUUCUGAUGUAACUUGGCACAAUUGUUCGCCAUUAGAGACUGAGUGUCGUGCACAAGAAUCAGGUCCCUAGGUCUAAGGUCAAGGUCACACUUAGAGGUCAAAGGAUACAAGAAUGACAACUUUGUCCGGAGCAUUUCUUCUUCAUGCAUGGAGGGAUUUUGAUGUAACUUGGCACAAAUGUUCACCACCAUGAGAUCGAGUGUCAUGCGCAAGAACCAGGUCCUUAGGUAUAAGGUCAAGGUCACACUUAGAGGUCAAAGGUCAGAUACAAGGACUUUGUCCGUAGCAUUUCUUUUUCAUGCACAGAGGGAUUUUGAUGUAACUUGCCACAAUUGUUCACCAUCAUGAGACGGAGUGUCAUGCGCAAGAACCUAGAAUUACUUCCCUUUGUUGUUACUAUAAAUAGCUUAUAUUGUAACUUUUUUAUUACUGGUCGUAGGAAAAAAUCAGGAACACUUUUCUGUAGUACAACAUGAAUGUUACAUCCAAUUCUGAGGUGUAUUUUGACCUAUCUCUACUGGUAAGGAUUUUUGUGUGGACUUAUAAAUUUCUCUUUUUUUUUUAAGAUUUACUUCCCUUUGUUGUUACUACAAAUAACUUAUAUUGUAACUUUUUGCAAUCUUUUUUUUAUUUGGCAUAAAUGUUUGCCUCAAUGCAACAGAGUGUCUUGUGCAACUCCCAGUCCUUUUGACAGCUGACGGGCUCGACAUGUUGCCCGUGGGCAUCUAGUCUUAUAUACUGACCAGCACUUGCAGACAAGCAAUGGCUUCUAUAGGCAGUGCUCUUGUUUGUAAAUAACGCAUUGGCAAAACGUUUGCUUUAACAACGAAUUUUGGGUCAUGACAGUGAUAACAGACUUCUCGUACCCUUGUGAAAUUAAGUUUUGGGGCCAAGAAAUUGUAAGAAAAAAUCAAUAAUAUUAAAAUUAUUCAACCUUCAAUGCUUAUUUGGUAUCAGUACAUGCUUAGAUAUUAUUAAAAUUUUGUGAUCACUUGUGAUAAGGAAAUAUUGUUGAUAUGCUAGACUAUCGUUUCCUACCUCGUAGUAUGGUGCAUGAAAACAAUUGUUAAUUUUGCAUUUCUCAUGCUUUAAACUCAUUUGAACAUCAUGAACAUGGUAUCACAUUUGUUACUUUGAAGUGAGGCAACUUCACUUGUAUAUCUUUUGUUUUGUAACAUUUAUUGAUUCUACAUAACCUGUAUUGGUACUACAUGUUGCAGCCCAAAUUUUAAGUGAAACAUUGUUUGCUCUAAAAAUUUUGCAGAUUGUGAAUUUUAUGUAGAAAUACGAUGAGACAAUCGUUGUAACAUUGGGUCUUGAGAAAAAUAAAAGGUAUUGUUAAAGAUAAA